UAAUUACAUGAUAUAAACAUGAUGUUGGUCAUUCAAGGAAAUGAAAAAGAGUCAACAAAACUGACCAUUGAUUUUGAUAAUCAACUUGAUAGUUGAAUAAUACAAGUGAUUUAGUUGAAAGAUGAUUAUCACGUUGAAAUGAUGAUGAUGGCGAAUCACGUGAAUGUACAUCGGGGAAGAUUUGUCCGAGUUCGAAGAGUCUCCUCCUUCAAAUUCGAAUCGAAUGGUCAAUUGCGUCGAAUCAAAAGUUCUAAAUGUAAUUUGAAUGUUGAACUUUUUAGUCUAGUAGUAAAUGAUUCUAAGACAUAUUGGUAGAUUUUAUUUAUCUUGUUAACUUAUAGAAUUGUGAUCAGUGAUUAAUCUAAUUGCUUAAAGAUGAAAGGACUUUUCUUGGAAAAUAAGGAUAAUCCAAUACACGAUUUUGCUGCUCCAAUUUGGAAAGGGAUCGAAGCAGCAUUAGGAUCCGAUGGAUUAACCAGAAAACCGGAAGAUGAUUCAUAUCUCUACGAUGAAGAACCAAAAUCACCAGAUAAUUUUGAUUUCUCAGCGGAUUCGUUUCCAAGGAAUGAUGAUGGAUUUUGUUUCACUGUUUCUCUUCACGAUGCAAUAACCUUACAUGUCACAAGUCGGAUUACGAUGAUCCUUGGGUAUCCCAAAGAUAUGCUCAAAGGACAAUGUAUUCUCAAUUAUUUGUAUCCUCGAGAUCGACUCACCUUUGCAAGUCAUUUGUCUCAAGGAUUACAAUCCAGAUUUGCUGCAAAAGAAACUAAAAGUGAAGAGAAAAUUGUUUUUUAUGUUCGAAUUCGAGAAUAUAAAACCCUUUCCGGUGGAUUCGGUGUCGUUGAACGCAAGGGUAACUAUCGGCCCUUCCAGUUGACUUGUAUUGUUAAGGAUAUAAUUCUGGGAAAACAGGAUAACCCAAAACCCGCUAAUGAAGAGAUUAGUACAAUUUGUCUUGUUGCAUCCGCAUCACCGAUACUUCCUGCUCAUAAAGUUCCGAACGAGAAAAAUCCAGCAAUGACUCCUUUCUCUUCCCGACACACAUCUUCGUGUCACUACUCGCACAUUGACACUUGUAGUAUUCCCUAUUUGGGUUAUUUACCGCAAGACAUUGUUGGAUAUUCAGUCUUCGAUUUCUAUCAUCAGGAUGAUCUACAUUUAAUUCGAGAUAUUUAUGAACUGGUUAUUCGUGAAGAAGGUUCAUCAUUUCGCUCGAAGCCUUAUCGGUUUCGUGUAUUCAAUGGUGACUAUAUCACUUUGGAGACUGAUUGGUCUUCGUUCAUCAAUCCAUGGUCAAGACGAAUGGAAUUUGUAAUUGGUCAUCAUCGUAUCGUAAACGGUCCAACCAAUCCAAAUGUUUUUUCUGAAUCUGAACAAAAGUUUCCCCUGGAAAAUCCAGCGGAGAAACAUCACCUUCAGGAAGAAGUUCGUAAUAUGCUUUCGAAACCAAUAAAACACUUUUAUGGUAAAAUGAAGGCUAAUAAACGUAAACGUAAUUUAGCUGCUUUUGUCUCCAACAUAAUCGAUGGUAUCGAAGUCGCACCGGCCUCAGGUCAAGAAUGUUCAUGUUCUGAUCCAGAAUCAGUCGUUAUGGGAGCGAUUUCACCUCAUCAAGAUGAUUCUGAUCUAUCGUCUGAAACUCCAGCAUCAUUUCAACAAAUGAGACUACAAGAUAAUAUCGAAAGGUUUUUUGCCUCUCAGCCAAAAACUAAUUGUGCUCCAUCUUCAUCGUCAGGCCAUUCAGCGACAACUUCGCAGAACAAUUCUCCUUAUGGGUCAGGGUCAAAUGAUGAUUCAGUUAAUCUCCAGCAAACGUGCAAUUCAAUGGAUUCAGGGAUAAAUGGUACAUCAUCAAACUCUUUCGACACAACAAAUAAUGGUGCAAACUCCAAGACAACGCCUGAAGAUAAGGGAAAUAAUCGCGUUUCAGUGACAACUAGUAAAAGUGGUCAACCAGCAUCCAAACAAAAGAAACCAGAGCACGGGAAGAGUUUCCAAGGUUCAGGGGGACCAGUUAAUGCGAAUUGUGUCUCUCUAACGGAAGAGGUUUUAUCGCAUCAUAACAAGAUUACAUCCAAACGAAUGAUCAAAUCAACUGGUUCAGGUUGUACGAAAAAUCAAAAGAAAAUGGAAGCCUCGAAGUUCAAAAGAACAGCAUAUAACUCGAGUGAAUCAAUUGUCCACACAAAACCAAAGCAACCGUGUUUUCAUACGGAAUCGAGGCGUAAAUUCAAUGUAAAUAAUCCAACUGGACAUCACAAAACCAUUCCAACCUCUUUUUCGGGUGUCAAUUUAUCCUCACAUGAAGCGGUCACUUCUACUUGGCCUCUAGGGAUCCCCGUUUUGGUCAAUCAAGCAUUUACACCUACAGAGGUUCAUGGGUCCUUCUCGUAUACUAAACAGCUUGGUAAUCGUCCGCAGAUAUUGAUGGCACCCAUAAUGUAUUUGACCACAUCACCAAUGACCAUUUAUUCAGGUUCAACGGGCGAGUCUUCUGGUGUUGGAGGUUCAGGAGGUUCAAGUGCACUUGGUGGAUCGGCUUCUGUUCUUGGUCCAAGUCGUUUUGGUACCAAUGGUGGAGUCGGUGGUUGUUGUGGAGGUGGUAAAUUUUGUCAUCAUAUUAUUGCUAAACGAAAUGUUAAACUACAAACUGACCUUGAUAAUCGUUUCAAUGCCUCUGGUCAGCCUUCACCCUGCAAGUUGAAUAUGAAAGAAACGUCGAAGAGCUAUAAGCAGUUCGACUCAGUAGAAACCUCACAAUCCGCUCAAACCUCAAUUGGAACUUUUUCUUUAUCUGAAGAGACAUCUGACCCUUCUGAUUGUUCAAGAUCUAAUAAAAUCAACCAUAAGAAUCAAUUCUGUUCAAAGAAAACUUCCGUUAAUGGUAAGGAAUCAAUAGAUUCCUCUUGUGACUCCAAUUUCAAAUACACUAUUCCAUUGUCGGGCCUUGAAUUUACCCUGAGAAAAGAUUACGCUCUUCUCGAGAAUAUGGAGCAGCCACUAAUCGUCAAGAAACAAUUAAAUGCGCUUGGACAAGAAUUAACGAGCAUCAAUGUAGAUGAUAAUAGUCCUGAUUUCGCCAAUUCUGAAGACGAAUCCAAGAAAAUUUUAUUUAGCAAUAAUCUUGAUGAUUCUGCUCAAUACCAGCAAUUGAUUGGUUACAAUAUUCUGGAGGAUGAUGUUAAUGAAGUAAGCAGCAGUUUAAUUAAAGCAUUUUAAUCAACUAUUGUUCAUUUUGUUUCUUUUGCUUUCAGAUGUGAUUGUCCACUUUGAUUUUGGUUCCAUUCCUUCAAUUAACUGUUUUGAUGUUGAAAUUGAAGUUUCCAAUUACAUCCAAAUGUAAAUGAUUGAACGUCAACAUUUUCAACGUGACUUCUUAUGAAACCAUGAUGAUGAGUGCAUGAGAUGAAUUCAAAGAAAUGAUGAUGAUUAUCAAUGAACUUUGAAUUUCAGUCUGAUUGUCUGUUCAAUUAAUGUGUAAUCACUUUAUUAUUUCGAUUAUUCGAAGUGGACUGGACAUUAGAUUUUUUUUUCUUGGGAACUGAUCGAAUAAAUUUCUUUCUCUUUUUCUUUAUCGCUAAUUGUCCACUCAAUGGACAAAGCAACGUGCUUAAUAAUUUCUGUUUUCAAUCCUAUUUAAUAAUGAAAAUCAAUGUAAUUUGUUUCAUUGAGUAAAUUGUCCAAUUACAAAUUAAAAAAUGAAAUAAACUUUUUGCAAACUUUUAAUUACUGAAAUGGGAAUCAAUGGAAUGAGCGCCAUCUCAUUUCUCUGAAAACAGUUGAGAAAAAUAAAUUUUGCUGAUUUAAUUUGAGUUCAUUGAUGAAUUUGAAUUUGAUUUGUUUUCCUGUUGAUUGAAUAACUUCACGGGCCACCAUUUAUCAGGAAUCAAUAAUUUUAACAAUUAUGAACACAUUCGCAUAGAAACUUGGCUAAUCAGACAAAGUGAAGAAGCAGAAAUUUGAUUGAGAAAACAAACUGAAGCUCAUUUAAGGCUUUGCAUCAAUAAUUUUCUGUUAUCAUUUUUCUCAUUUAUCUCUCCACAAACCUGAACACCAAAUGAGGUCUGAACACUUUUUCCAUGUGAAUUAUUAAGAAAUAAAAUUAGUCAAUGAUGAUUCGAAUAACGACCGAGUGAAUGAUACAUAAUUAGUAGAGUUGAUCGACUACCUUUUCGAUUAAAUGAAUUACAAUCAAUCAAGAAAAUAAUCUGUGAAUGAAUCGAAAAAAUCGAACUUAUUGCACGAAAAAGAUCCUGUUUGGAAUUGAUAGAUGAUUGAGUAUAAAGAGAGGCGAAAAUU